UCUCUCCAUCCUGUUGCGCCCCUGCGAACGCGUCUUGCGUAAACGCCCCUGUCAGAGAGAUGCGGCGUUUGUGUCAUCGCUGCCAUGUUCACUCUCGUGCACUUGUUACGCGGAUGUUGAGGAAGUGGUGGUUAGUGGCACUUGGAUGAGUAUCGCCCGCUCUUGACUUAGCACCGUGAGAAAACGAGUCAAAUGCCUCGCCGCCAUGGACGCGAUCGGAGUGUCUCACGCGGACCCGCUCGAUGACUACGAGCUGAUACACCGCAUCGGCAGCGGGACGUACGGAGACGUGUUCAAGGCCCGUAGCAUUAAGACUUCGGUCAUCGCAGCUAUUAAAGUGGUCAAACUGGACCCUGGUGACGACAUCUCAAGCAUUCAACAUGAAAUAACCAUGAUGAAGGACUGCACCCAUAAAAACAUCGUGGCCUACUACGGCAGCUACCUCAGAAAUAACAAGCUAUGGAUCUGCAUGGAGUUCUGCGGAGGAGGAUCGUUGCAGGAUAUUUAUCACGUCACUGGUCCUCUGAAAGAGAGACAGAUAGCUUACGUGAGCAGAGAGACACUUCAGGGGCUACAUCAUCUCCAUGAAGCAGGAAAAAUGCAUAGAGACAUAAAAGGUGCCAACAUCCUUCUGACGGAGCGAGGAGAUGUCAAACUAGCGGAUUUUGGAGUGGCAGCUGAGAUUAACGCAUCUGUCGCGAAGAGAAAGUCCUUUAUUGGGACGCCAUACUGGAUGGCCCCAGAGGUUGCGGCAGUGGAAAGGAAAGGGGGUUAUAACCAGCUGUGUGACAUCUGGGCAGUGGGUAUCACAGCUAUUGAGCUAGCAGAGCUACAGCCGCCUUUGUUUGACCUACACCCCAUGAGAGCUUUGAUGCUGAUGUCCAAGAGCAGUUUUCAGCCUCCCAAACUCAAAGAGAAGAACAAAUGGUCCACAGAAUUUCACAACUUCAUCAAAAUGGCACUCACAAAGAACCCUCGGAAAAGGCCGACGGCGGAAAAACUCCUGCAACAUGCUUUUGUCACGCAGCUCCUCACGCGUAACCUUGUUAUAGAGGUGCUGGACGCUGUCAAUAACCCUGAUCUACAACAGACACAAACUAUGGAUGAGAGUGACCUGGAGACGUGCAGUGUCCUUCCUGAUAAGAUUCAUUCCCUAGCCAAACUUCCCAUUCAGAGAACUCGGUCUGAAGAGCAAUUUGAUCAUGUGAGGUUCGGACCACCCAUGAGAAAGGAGACGGAUCCCUGUCCGGAUGUGGGAGCGUAUGAUGACUGGAGCGCUAUCAGUGGAGACAAGGACUCACCGAGUUUGUUAGAGUGUGUGGAAGAGGCCUUGAUGGAAAGGAGUUUAACUAUAAAGAGAGGCACUUCAGCUGAGCACUCAGUAGAUGAAGAGGAUAAAUAUGGGACUGUGAAGAGAGUGGUCCCUUCUCCCCAAUCAACAACAGUCACCAGUCAAGAGAGAAAAGCUCCCACACCUUGUUCUGUCUCCUCGCCUCCUAUUGGCUCUACGCCUCUGAAAGACCCCGCCUCUGACACUAACCCCGCCCUACUCAAUGAAUCCGCUUUGCUGAUUGGUUCAACACUGUCCGACCUGUCACUCCUCACUAACUCCUCCUUCUUCACAGACUCCUCCUUCCUCAAUCAUUCUACCAGUCUAGGUUCCCUUUGCUCAACACCAACUGAAGGUUUGAUAGCAGAGAGUUCUUUCGCUCCAGACCCAGGAGGAACCAGGAGUGAUUUCCCACCACAUGACCCCCCCCUCUCCCCAGAAUGGAGCACUCUCAGGAGGAAACCAGACGACUCAAAAGUCGUCCAUGGACUGCCACCUACACCACAAGUACAUAUGGGGGCCUGCUUCUCUAAAGUAUUCAACGGCUGUCCGUUAAAGACUCAGUGUGCUGUUACGUGGGUCCUACCAAAGACCAGAGAUCAAUACCUAAUGCUGGGUGCUGAGGAGGGCAUCUACACUCUCAACCUCAAUGAACUCCAUGAGGACACCAUGGAAAAGUUGCUUCCUCAGAGGUGCAGUUGGUUGUACGUGAUGAACAAUGUCCUUAUGUCCGUCUCAGGAAAGUCAUCACAGUUGACUUCUCAUAGUCUGCCAGCACUUUUUGAGUAUCGCAGGAAUAUGCAGCGUAGACAAGGGCAUCUGGCGAUAAAUGCACACCGCUUGAGCACAAAGAUAAACGCAAGGAAGUAUGCCAUGUCAGUAAAGAUCCCAGACACCAAGGGCUGUAGAAGAUGCAGUGUGGUUCGAAACCCCUACACUGACAGCGUUUUCCUAUGUGCUGCUGUUCCCACUGGUUUGGUUCUUUUAAUGUGGUAUGAACCUCUGCAAAAGUUCAUGCAGCUCAAGCACAUUGCUCUGAACCUGCCAGAGUCUCUGCCCAUUUUUGAGCUGCUCGUAAAUGAAACAGAUGAGCUGCCACAGGUUUGCGUGGGGGUGAAAAGCCGUCCCCACCAAAAAGACAACACUGGACAGAUGCACUUUGACAUCAUCCACCUGGACGACACACCACAAAGUCUGCCAGAUGGUGAGUCGCUGGAGGUCAAGCAAGUGAUUCAGCUUGACAGGGACACAGUUCUCAUUGCACUGAAAAGGUGUUCCCCAGGGUUCAGUUCUCAGACCUGCAGAUAUAGUGCUUGUCAACCAGAUUGUACCCAUUCGAUGGCCUCCUUAUCUUCACGUGUCAACACAGUUAAGGUUGUGAAUCUGCAGGGAUGUGUGAGCCAUCAGAAGACUUCUGAACUCGCGUUUGAGUUUCCCAUUCAGACGCUGGUGUGUCUACAGGACAGCGUUCUUGCAUUCUGGAAACAUGGUCUGAAAGGAAGGAGUUUACAAACUAAUGAGGUUACCCAGGAGAUCACAGACAGAAGUCGGGUUUUUCAGGUUUUGGGAACAGCUAGGGAUAUUAUCUUGCAAAGUACUCCUACGGAUGAUCCAUGUGCUAUGAGCAACCUUUACAUCCUCACGGGGCACGAAAGCAGCUACUGAUGCGACUGAGAAUGUUCAGCGACAGCUGGAAACACUACAGAGGUUCAUAGUCCUCCCUUCCCUACCGAAAGGGUAGAGUCAUCAGGCCCAAAAAAGCUCCAGGAGCAGAGGAAAGCACGAUGGAGUCAAGUACGCAGUUUUCCUUUGAGGACAAGAAGCGGAAUUGGAGCCGAUUUGGAGGAACGAGGAUCAACCACGAGGGAAAGUGACCUGUAGACUUGCAUUAGACCUAUACUAGGUUUGAAAUAACUUGUGGGACGAGCUGUUAUGGGCCAGUGACUAAACAAAUGAGGUGUUCUAUUUAAUACUAGACAGUAUGUUGUAUUUCUUGUUUGGAGAAAUAUCAUAUAGAUAAUAACAUGUUUUGGUGCAUUCGUUCAAAAAGUAUCUUCCAUUGGCCGGUAAAUUAGUUUAGAGAGUUUGUAAACCAUUGUACUGUAAAAUCCACAAAAACUAAAAACUGUGAGGAAAAAAAAUAAAUGUAAACGACAAGGAUAA